GGUGACGUGGGGAGGUGGCCCUGGGGUGGCCGGGCUGGGUUGUGGCAGACAGUCCGGUUGGGGUUUCUGGCGGGGCGCUGCCGACGGCUGGGGCGCGCGCGGAGCCGGCGACGCGGGGCUGGCGCUGAGCCGUGCCGUUGGGAGAGCUCCCGGUGGGCGGCGGGGCGGUUAUUUGGCACUGACCUCUUCCCCCCCUCCCCGCCGUCGAAGGCGGUGGCGGCAGCUGAGCCGAGGAGGGCUCGUGGGGAGGGAGCCGGCUCAGGGUGCUCGCACCGGGUGCCCGUGGGGAGGAGCGGGGCGGCGCGGCUGUCGUCACCAUCGCCUGGCUGCCCUCCGGCCGCCCUCGUCGGGGAGGCUCGGCGCCCCGUUUGCCAGUGGGGUUCGUUACCGGCGGCAUGGAUGGCGGCGGGUGCUGGUGUUGGCUGUGGGGCAGUGCCAGCCCCUCUGUGCCGGAGCCUGGCAGCGGCUCCUCUUCGAGGCCUGCCCGGUUGCUUGUCAAGCCAGCUUGACCCUGCUUUGAUCCAAGGAGUUUGCAAGAAGCUGGGAUCCUACAGAUUUGGUCUGUGCCAGAGAGAAAAUGGAUACGGAGCUGGCAUCGCAGGCGGCUCUCUCUCCGACCGGCAGCUGCGUGGCAGAGGUGCUCCAGCACCAGCUGGGACACGCUGCCUGCUCUUCCCGGUUGCCUCCGGCUCUUCUCGACACCUCUAAGGACCUUCGGCAGCGCAGCCUUCUGCCCGGCGUGACACCUCUGCCGUGCCGGCGACAGGCGUUGGGCCGGGGGUGCCGGGCUUUUCCUGGAGAGCUGCAGUGGGCUCUGUCCUCGCCGGUGGGCUGCCGAGAGCCCGGCCCUGGCACCAGCCUCCCGCACAGAGCAGUGGGAAUAGAUGGGUUUUCCUUCGCUUGGGCUGUGCCCAUCGCUGCUGAGUCCCUGCGCUCCGGCUUGGAUGGGGGCUGCAAGAUGGGCUCCCCGUGCCCCCUCUGCCCGGAGGAAGAUGAUGCUCAGACGGACGGAUGGACGCACAGACCAUGGGAUGAGCCGCUAGCCCUGGUCCAGCCCCCGCCGCCCCCGCACAGCCCUCGGGGCUGGGCUGCUGCGACGCCUCAACGCUCCUCCAUGGGAAUUUGGACCGAGGCCCUGCAAACUCAUUUCCUACCAUGGAGCCGUCCUCUAAUGGGGACAGCGCUGGCUCUGGGCCACCCGGCUCGGUUGCCAAGCAUCAGAGGUUCCGUAGCUCCUCGGUGCUCACGGGGGCCAUCGCGUCCCCCCUGCUCUCAUCCCGUCUGUUCGUUCUUGAUGUCCUCCAAGAGCGGGCUGGAGCCAGGCCCCUUCUCCUCCUCGGGGCACCUCGGAGGCUCCCGGCGGAUCUGGGUCUGGCUGAGACGGUGGGUUACAAAAAAACUCCCCCUCCGGCAUGAGCACACAUCCAGGCUGCCACCCUCCUGCUGCCACCCCUGCGACUCGGCCCCCCCUUUGGAGCCCUCCUGGGGCUCUCAGCCCCCCCCAUCCCUUUGCUGUACGGUGCUAGGGCAGGAUGGAGCUGAUGGAGAAGAAGGAGCCGCAUCCCAGCAACAUGGAAUCUACUCGGAAGAGGCCGCGGGAGAACGACGGGAGCAGCCGCGGCUGCUGCAGCCCCUGCGGGUGCCCUGCUGCCGGGGGGGGUGGGUGGGGGGGGACUCGCCUCCAGGGACCCCCGCAGCUGCGGAGGGGGAGGCAGCACACCCUGUUCCUUGGCAGAGCGUAAUCCCUAAUCCUAGUGGAGAUUUCACUGUGCUGUCUCUCGGCCUUGCUUUUGGAGUGGAGUUUUACCAACAGCAGUUAAGUAAAAUAAAUAAAAAGGCCUGUGCUUGCCAGUGCUAGCGAGGCUGAGCCAGUGAUUGGCAAAGCGGCACCAUUAAUUACAGCUCGGUGCUGCUGCCAGCCUGCCUGCUUCAGGAAAGGUGGUGGCAGAGCGCCGGGGAAGCCAGAGGGAGAGGGGGAGUGCGUGGGGAAGGGGGAGACGUGGGAGGGCAGAGCGGGGGGAAACGUGGUCCCGAGUGCCGGGGGGGAUUGUGCCGCGGUGGGUGGAAGCGGCACGGAUACCCGUCUACCCGCCGAGUGCCCGUGCGUGCACGGGAGCCCACGCGUGCACGCACGUGUGCGCGCGCAUGCUUUGCGGGAAGCCGUGUUUUCGGGGGGCGAGGACUGAAGGCUGUGAUCUCAGUGAGGUUGCUCCGGCACUUUCGCCCGGCGAUGCUCACAGCGUUAAUUAGUUGGCGGAGAGGCUGUGUCGGUGCUGCUGAGGGCCGGGCAGGGGCUUGGUGCUGGGGGUUCCUCGUGCCGGGAGGACGGGCGCAGAGCGGCGAGGGUUGAGCGCGGAGGUAGCGGAGGCGGCUUUGAAGUUCCCGGAUGCCUUUGAACCGCUAGUGAAGAUCCUGGAAAUUGGAGGGUUGCAGACUCUCCUGAUGGGAAGAGCUCGUUACGGUGCUUUGUUCGUCGGCAUCACCUCUGGGCAGGCAGGGUUGUGCUCCCAUGGGAUGGAGCCCGUUUUGUGGCCGCAUGGCCGUGCCGUGCCGCCGGCCAGCCUGCUCCUCCCCAGAUGCUGUUGCUGUUCAGCAGGGAGUGAUGGCGUUCCCAUUGUGGUUCAACACCGAGGACUGCCCGGUCCUUCCUUACCCUCGUGCCCUUGUCCCGAGCCAUCCUCAUGUUAGGAAUUCUUAUGGAUCGUGUAUUUUCUACAGCCUAUUAAAAGAACACUGCCGGGUUAAAAACCGUGUCUCUCAAAACCCAAAUCUCCUUUACUUUGCUAUUAAUCGUUUUUCAGAUUAUUAAUGCCAGCGGGGUUUAGUGCCGCCUGUUUAUCACUUUUGGGGCUGGUUGGUUGUUUCUGGCUUUGCCUGGCCGGAGAGGGGCGGCCACAGCCGAGCAGAAGCGCGAUGGUCAGGAGCCGGCCCCCGCCGUGCCGGGAGGAUGGAGCUGGACCAGGUCCCUGCCGAAAUCCCCGUUCAGGCGAAGCAUCUUCAGGGAAACAACCUGUUUGUGUGGCGCGAGCGGGGCUGGUGUGAAGCAGUGCCUUUUCCCGCUGUGCCGCGGCUGCUGGCGAGGGAGAGGCGAGCCCUGGUUGGAUCCUGCCGGUUACCGGAGCCGGGAGGGAUGCGAUGGCAGCGAUGGAAAGGGACCGUGCUCUGACUGCCGAGGACGGGGAGCCCGGGAUGUCGCUUCUGCACAGUCGCUUCCCGGCUCUGUGAUGGCUCUUUAAAAGCUUUAAUUAAAAACCCACCCCCUUCCCCGUGCCCGGGCGGGGAACAAAGGCAAAUGGAAGGGGCUGGAGCGGGUGCUGCGGCAGGCGAGCGUGCCAGCCUGUGCCAGCCAUCCUCUAGAUGCCAUCCCCGUCCCCGGGGAGCAGUGCCCGCUCCCGCAGCAGCCCAACAAGGCGUUUGGGUGCGGCGGGUCCCUGGGGGCAGCCGGCAUCCCCCCCAUCCGCAGGCUUCGCCACCGGUGCCGGGAUGCAGAUGCCGGUGCCAGGCGGUUUCUUCCGCGUGGACCGAGGCCGUUUCGGAGGGGCGAUGGGGAGCGGGGCUGUGCCCUGGCACCGCGGCGAGGCUGGGCUCACCCUUGCCGGAGCACAGCGCCGGCGAUGCUGUGGGGUGUGAGGUCCUCGCCACCGUGGCGGGUGGGGGGUGACGGUGGCCCCUUCUCAAACCGCUCGGCAACUCCCGCUGGGUGACUGGGUGCCCCAGAUGUUAAAUAUCUUCUCGGGCCCAGCUUGCCGCUCAAUGAAAUAUUUUCACUGCAGCAGCAACAGCAAGCACUGCAGGGAGCGGGGCUGGUGCUGAACGAGCUGUAUCAGAUUUGAUCUGCUCUUAACGAGCCCUGGCCUUCAGGAGCAGCUACGGCACGGUGCCGGGCUCUCGGGCAGCCGCAGCGUUGGGCCCGGCAGGUUUUUUGGGGUGGGGGGAGGCUCCCCGUGGUCCAGAGCACCUGGGUCUUGCACGGUGCCGUGUUUAAAAUGCGGGAAGCCUGGGGAGGCACAGCAGUGGACUGCCUGGCCGUGCCCAUCCCUGCUGAGCUUCCCAGUAGCCGGUUGGCCCCAGCGGCAGCCAGGCAGGCAAGCUGGCCACCGGCAGGAGCCGGGCAGGAGGGAUGGACGGAUGGCGGUGCCGGAGCAUCCUUCCUUGCUGCUCCCGGGCGAGGGAAGCAAGCACCAUCUUGUGUCCCUGCCAGGCUGCAGGAGCCCCAGGAGCUCGCUGCAGAACGGCAGCGUGUCCCUGCCUGACCUCCUCCUCCUCUGCCUCCUCCUCCUCCUCCUCCUCCCAUCCCCGGCUCUCCCGGAGCAGUGGAGGGCUGUGACUCGCCGGGGGACCCCAGAUCCUUGCUGGGUGCUGGAGGAGCAUCAGUGGGGGAUGCCCAUGGGGCUCCCCGCUCUGGCUGCCCCUUGGCUCCCCGCUGCUGCUGCCAUGGGUCGGGGGGGGUCUCCUGCUGAAUUCCCCAGGGUCUCCCAGGGGUGGAAGUGGCUGCAGGAAAGUGAGGUUUUCUUUUGCCCCAGAUCUCCCUGCUUACAUCAGGGGGUCCUGCCUGGAUCCUACCCCAGGCCUGGCUGCUUCCACUGGCUCCAUCCCAGCUCCUUUCUCCCCAUGCCUGCGUGCCACUGGCGGGGGCCGACUGCCGGCACCGAGCCCCCGUGCUGCCGGGGCAGCGGGAGCCAGCGCCAGCCUGUUGCAUGAGAGCUGGGAUAUUUUUAGCUCUCUAAUGUGCCUGUUGUGGCUUCGGCGCAGGCUCCGCUGAGGCUCAGGCUCCCUCCCCGAUGAGCAGGGGGAUGCCCUGGUACCAGGGCCUCAGCCAGGGGUGAUUUGGGGGCAGGAGAUGUUCUUUGGGGACGGAGAAGAGCAUCCCCGCGUCAUGCCGAGCACUCGGCAUCCCUCACGCAGAACUGGGACGGAGGGGAGCGGGGCCCUCGGUGAUUUUGGAAAUCAACCUCUGGAAUGGCAUCCAUCCCUUGCGGCCACCCCGCCGUCCCCGGGGCUGCCCCCUCGCUGCCGCUGCCCCGGGCGCAGGCUGGCCCGGCAGAGCGAUGCCAACACACGCGCGCGGUGGCCUCGGCCUCUGUAGAGCCACGCUCUGGUCCUGCUUAAUAAGGCCACCGUGUGCAUUAUUUUAUUAAUGAGUUAUUAAAAAGCUAUCCACGGCGAUGCUGCUGCGUACCCAGCGUGGUGUCCAAGAAAUAUGUACUUUAACGAUCGCUCGCCCUGUGCCGGGCUCUCGCGGCGGGUGGGGGGGACAUGCUGUUGGGGUGCCCGUGCACCCCCAGCACAUCACCCCAGGCUCCUUCGCUGAGCAGCCGGCCUGUCCCCACGGUGCUCUGGGGCACCAGCAAUAGCUACGAGGCUUUUUAUAGCCCCGUCUGGGCAGAAGCUCUUUGGUGGCUCUUUGCCCAGGUUGUGCUUGGCCGGCUCCGGCAGGUGAGCCGAGGGCAGGGGGGGGUCGCUGCGGUGGGGGUCCGCCGGCUGCGGGGUGGGAGCCAGGUCUCUGCUCUGGUAGUUUUGGGGUAAAGUCCCCGGUCUGUGCUGCAUGCUCCCCAGCCUGGGGGCUGCCUUGGCACAGCCUGGGGGACGGGACGGGGGUCUCCGAAGGCUGUCCCCUGCCUGCAAAGUGGCGGCUGGGGACACGGACCAGCCGCGAUGGUGCUCCCACACCGGCCGGGGCUCGGUGCAGGACGCUGACCUCCCCGG